CUUGUGAUUUUCUCGAAUCUCGGUCGAAGCGGCGCUCGGCAUGGAUCUCUCGACGUCGCACGCGGUAUUGACGACGAGGUAUGGUAUCCUAAGUACUGUACUACGCGCGCCUCGUGUUUCAUGGUUAUUUACGACUACUAGAACGAGAUACAACCGAAUUGUCUACUCUAUACCGCUUCUACUGCUCAUAAGCCCCUCCCUCGUCUGGAAUACCCUUCGGCGUGAGGCCAGAGACGGAUUUCGAGUUUUGGUGGGAAAAUCACAGUCCCUCAAAAUGUGCCGAGAGCGCGGUCAGUGGACGUGGGGAGAGUGUUCUCAGCAUCGCUCCCAGCGUGGAGGAUACGAAUCUAGUGAGUACAGAGCUCACACCCUCGCUCGAGGGCCAUGCCGAGACUAAAAGCGGUCCAGUUUGAGUUGAAUCGAACUCAAGGCAAUU